AUGUUCAGAACGGCAGCAAGGUUUGGGGCACGAUACGGAGAAAACUUCGAUCUUGCGCAACACAUCGUAGAUCGGACAAAUCUAACCCGCAAUUACCUACCGAAACGUCAUGAAGAAGUUCGCGCUGAUAUUCUCAAGUCUUUGAAUGGAGAUGCAUUUUGCACAACAACCGAUUUGUGGAAGGAGAAAUAUACUGGUAAAAGCUACAUGUCUGUCACCGUUCAUCAUAUUGACGCUGACUGGAAUAACCUUAGCAGCUUUAUUUGGUCAACAACCGAAUACAACCUUGAGGAUCACAGAGCACCUAGUAUUUCCAAGUGCUACCUUGAAAACGUUCCUGACGCUCCCUUUCGGCUUGUCACCACAGAUAACACCAACACCAUGCCAGCAGCAUUUCGCCUUCUGGACAGUGAUGAUCAAAUUGGAUGCAUUUCGCACAUAAGCUCGUUGGUUGCUAAAGCCUGCGUCACUUCCGAUAAGGCAGCCGAAGUAAAGUUGAAUGUGGAAGCAGCUAAGAAAUUAGUGGAGCAUGUAAAACGGACAGACUUGCAAAGUAAGUUAACGACGACCCUUAAACAAACCAUAGCAACUCGAUUUUAUACCUACCGUGAAAUGAUUGGGUCUAUCAUCAACCGCUGGGAAGAACUUGAAAACAUUCUUGAUGCCAGAAAUGAGCUCAAAUAUUUAGAAGAUAUAAACAAAAUUCUUCUGAUACAGACUUCGCGUGUUUUAAAGCCCCUGCAUGAUUGUGGCCUGGAGCUCGAGAAAGAUAAGGAACCAACAUUGCAUAGGGCACGUUACUGGGAAGCAAAACUUCAGGCCGCUUUUUCAGCUCACGAACAGGACAUGACGGCAAUAAGAAAGAUGAAAGAAGUUGGGAGGAAAGCUCUGUUGACAAAACUAAGCAGUCGACUUAACGUGUACCACGAUGUAGCUUCCGCGCUGGACCCAAGAGUGGGCGAACCUACAGAUGAAGACAGCCGGCGGAAGAUUUGUGAAAAGAUCGAGAAUGUUCACGAUCGUAUCACAGGUGUAGAUGGCGACGAAACUCGUGAUGAUAACGACCAUUCGCUUUUGUCUGACGGAGAAGACUCAGAAGAGGUAACUAAACACAAAUUACCGCUGGAUUUCAAGAUUUUAAUAUUGUUAUUCUGUAAAUAUUAUCGAUAUGUUUUGUUGCAUUUUUGGAAUAACGUUACAAAUUUAUAUUGUUUUCUUAUUGUUAUUACAUAAGGUCUCAGAAAUUAAGUCCCCCACUCCGAAAAGGAAGAAGAAUCCUUGUGAUGAGAUCGAAGAACCCGAGUUUGCCUUUUAUAAGGAAAAGCAAAAGGUAUCAUCGAUUGUCGACGAAUUUCGAAGGUUUACUGGAAACGACUUCGACCUUGACCUGUACGAGGAUAAAAACAAGCACCUUGAUAUUCUGAAGUUCUGGAGGGAUCAUGCCAGGGUCUACCCGAAAUUAGCACUGGUUGCCAGGCUUAUUUUGGCUUGCCCAGCUAGCAGCGCUCCAUCAGAGAGAAGUUUCUCGCAAGCGGGGUGGACAAUCAACCUUAGGCGUACGCGUCUAG